UAUGUAAUGAUCUGCUACAGUAGAAUAUAAUAACUCAAGAAAACAAACGUCUGACAAAGAUAAAAUGUUCCUGUCGAUAAUACUAUUACUUUCAGUGUCAUGUUGGGUGCUCAUAUAUCUAAUAGGGAGAAAUAAUGAAAACUAUUGGAGGAAACGUGGAGUCAAAUUCCAUAAUAAACACAAAGUUGCAGGUAUUUUCGGCGAAGUUUUCACCUCGGACAAACCAAUAUUCAAAGUGGCUGAAAAUAUUUACAAACAAUAUUGCGAUGAACCAGCAGUGGGCCUUGGCGGAUUCCUGACUCCUACGUUACUGGUCAGAGAUGAAACAAAUUUGCAGCAUAUUUUUCAGACCGAUUUCCAGUCGUUCAAUCAUAGGGGAGUCGAAACCAGUAAAGGAGACCUACUGGCUGAUAACCUUUUAUUCAUGCGCGGAAACAGAUGGAAACUAAUGCGUCAAAGUAUGACACCCAUGUUUACCAGCGCAAAACUCAAAAAGAUGUUCUAUAUCAUGGACAAGAGCGGAAAAGAUUUUAUUUCGUACCUAAAACAUAACCCAGAAAGAUUGAAUGGUAAUGCUUAUGAUUCUUUAACAACAUUCUGCUGCGCAGCUAUUGGAGCUUCUGUUUUUGGAGUUGUUUCAGAAUCAGUUUUUGAAUCGCCAUUUUUGAAGGUCGCCAGAAGAGUUGUUAAACAAACAUUCAGGAAUAAUCUGAAAGCCGCAAUUUUAAAUUUUAGUCCUUGGUUGGCUAAAACUUUGAAUAUUAAACUGUUUUCGAAUUACGAAGACUUUUUCAUUGGCGCUGUUAAGAGAAUGAUAAGGCAAAGAGAAAAAGAACACGGACAGUCGCAUGAUUUUGUUGACAUUUGUGUAAAUUUACAAAAAAAUGGUACUUUAAAAGAUCGGGAGACAGGACUGGUGUUGGUACCCACGGAUGAGCUAUUAUCGGGACAAGCUUUCUUCUUCUUCUUAGCCGGUGUUGAACCAAGUGCUACAGCUCUCAUGGCAUGUUUAUUGCAAUUAGGUAAACAUCCUGAUCAUCUAGAGAAACUGCAUAAAGAAAUAGACAUGGUCCAUGAUAAACUUAAUGGAAAACUAACUUUUGAAUCUGUAAUGGAAAUGGAAUAUUUAGACAAAGUGCUAUGUGAGAGUGUAAGAAUACUGCCCCCAGUUGGAUUAUUGGUGAGACAAUGUGUUAAGAAUACUGUUUUGCCUACGGGGAAUAUCAAAAUAGAUGAGGGAACUAAAAUAUUUGCACCAGUGUAUGCAAUGCAUAAUGAUCCUAAAUAUUUUCCGAAUCCAGAUGUAUUUGACCCAGAGAGAUUUGCUUCUGAAUCAACAUAUAACGGCCACAUGUAUAUGCCAUUCGGAAAAGGAAAUAGACUGUGCAUUGGUAACAGAUUUGCCCAACUGCAAGUGAAGACUGGACUGAUAUAUUUUCUCCGUAAUUUCACUGUUAAAACAAUUAUAGAUGGAGAUGAGUUCAAAUAUAAUAAAAAACAAGGACAAGUAAGACCUUGCAAUGCAGAUGUUAAAUUUAUACCAAGAAAAAUAACUGGUUUGUAAUUGCAUAUAACGUUAAACUAGCAUAAAAUCGGUUCCCUAUUUUUAUGUCAUAAUUUAACAUGGCAUACUUUUACUUAUCAUAAUAUUAAUUUGGCAUAAUUAUUUAGGCACAUUUUUUUUACGCAUACCUACCAUAAGCAUAAUAUUUUUAAGCAUAAUAUUCUAAAGCAUAUUGGCGGCGUAUGGGUGGGUGGCCCAAGGGACUCCCCGCCACACCCUAACCCCUGCUACACUAUAGCUUUAUGCAAAUCAAAAUUAUGGUAAAAUAUAUUAUCCUUAUAAUUAUGCUUAUCGAAAAGGUAUGCCAAAAAACAAGUAUGUCAAAAUAUUAUUAUGUCAAAAAAUAUAUGGCUAACUCGUUAUGCUAAAUUAAAUAAGAUUAAACACACGAUAUUAAUGUCUGCAGUUUGCAUAUCCAUAGUGAAAAAGGGUUUAAGUAUUUUAAAAUGAAUUUACAUAUAUAAUUAUAUUAUACACUAUAAUUCAAUUGCAUAUUCUUUAUUGUGUCAUAAAAGACUUUGUAGAAAUAAUGAAACAUGACUAACCAAAAUUAGAUAUUAAUUAAAUAAUAUUUUUUUUGUGUGAUAAAUAAAUGUAUUAUAUUGACA